GAAACUACGCGGGUUGGAGAGGUGUCUCGCUCGGCCACAGCGCGUGGUUUUUUGGGGGCUUACGCCGCUGACUCUAUUGUCUCCGCUCCGCCCAGUCCCGGGAGAGGGAAGCGCAGUGGAGGUUCUGUGGAGACAAACCUGGAGCCCCUGAAGGGAUAGGGAGCAGCCGAGGUUGGGGGGCGUGGAACGCCUGAGUGCAGGGCUGCAGCCCAUAAUUGGGGAGCAGUCGAGAGGGGGAGGUUCACCAUAGGCAAGGUCCGCACCCGCCGGGAUCGGGGCUGGUCCCGAGGAGGGCUUGGGGCGGCGGUGCGAUGUUCGGGGCCCGGUGCCUGGUCCGAGCCCUGCGCUCCUGUUCCUCCACUCCCUGCCCGAGACACAAACCUUCAUCCAGACUGAGCGUGCGGGAUGCCCUUGGGGCCCAGAACACGAUUGGGGAGCGCGUUAAGGUUCAGGGAUGGAUUCGUUCAGUCCGAUCCCAGAAGGAAGUAUUGUUCCUGCAUAUAAAUGAUGGAUCAUCUUUGGAAAGCCUUCAGGUUGUAGCAGAUUCAAGCUUUGAUAGUAGAGAACUGGCUUUUGGGAGUUCUGUGGAAGUUCAAGGGCAGCUGGUAAAAAGUCCAUCCAAAAAGCAAAAUGUGGAACUGAAGGCAGAAAAAAUUGAAGUUGUUGGAAAUUGCGAUGCCAAGGCUUUCCCUUUGAAAUAUAAAGAGAGGCAUCCUCUGGAGUAUCUGAGACAAUACCCUCACCUUAGAUGUAGAACUAAUGCUCUGGCUUCUAUACUGAGGGUUCGCAGUGAAGCCACGGCUGCUAUUCAUUCUUUCUUUAAGGACAGUGGCUUUGUGCAUAUUCAUACUCCAGUAAUCACAUCCAAUGACUGUGAGGGGGCUGGAGAACUGUUCCAAGUUGAACCUUCAAGCAAAAUUAAGGUGCCUGAGGAGAAUUUCUUCAAUGUUCCUGCUUUCUUAACUGUUUCGGGACAACUUCACCUAGAAGUGAUGUCAGGAGCUUUUACUCAAGUGUUUACCUUUGGUCCAACAUUCCGAGCAGAGAAUUCUCAGAGCCGGAGACACCUGGCAGAGUUUUAUAUGGCAGAAGCAGAGAUUUCUUUUGUUGAGAGUCUUCAAGAUCUCAUGCAGGUUAUGGAGGGACUCUUCAAGACUGCAACAAUGAUGGUUCUCUCAAACUGUCCUGAAGAUGUUGAACUCUGUCACAAGUUCAUAGCUCCUGGCCAAAAGGACAGAUUAGAACAUAUGCUAAAAAACAACUUUUUAAUCAUUUCUUACACUGAAGCAAUAGAGAUCUUAAAGCAGGCAUCUCAGAACUUCACCUUCACCCCAGAGUGGGGUGUCGAUCUACACACCGAACAUGAGAAGUACCUGGUGAAGCACUGUGGCAGCAUACCAGUUUUUGUCAUUAAUUAUCCAUUAGCACUCAAGCCUUUCUACAUGAGGGAUAAUGAAGAUGGGCCUCAGCACACAGUUGCUGCUGUUGAUCUUCUCGUUCCUGGGGUUGGAGAGCUCUUUGGAGGAAGCCUCAGAGAGGAGCGGUACCAUUUCUUAGAGCAGCGACUGGCCAGAUCAGGAUUAACAGAAGCCUACCAAUGGUAUCUGGACCUCCGUCGAUUUGGAUCUGUUCCCCAUGGAGGUUUUGGGAUGGGAUUUGAACGCUAUCUGCAGUGCAUCUUGGGAAUUGACAAUAUCAAAGAUGUUAUCCCUUUUCCAAGAUUUACUCAUUCAUGUAUUUUAUAGCUGGAAGACUGGGUAAGGAAAAUCACCCCAUGCCAGAGGUACUGCAUGUGAAUAUGGAUACAGGAGACUGCAUGUUUGGCUUUUAGAAAUGGAGAGGUUUUGGGUGUGUAACUUUCAUGCCAUAAGAUAGCGCAUAUGAAAAACAGAAGUGAUUAUGAUUUUCUUAGAAAGUUGAGAGCAUUUUAUGAAAAAGAUGAACUCCCUCAAGAAGAGGAGCUUGUGGCAGGCAGAAUCUCCAAUCUAUUACACCAAUGAAGAAGAAAUGGGGAGGCUGCGCUGUGGUCUCAGAGGUCCUUUCAAACUCUCAAGACACGACGAGAUAGUGUAUUUUAAUUUGUCUUUAAUCAUUAGAUCACUGCCCCGUGUGACCUUUGAGAACCACUAGUAGCUAAAAAGAAGGUAUUGUUGGAUCUUUUCUCAUGUGCCAUUUAACCUAUGAUAAAUUCCCAUUUAUUUUCAUCACUUUACUAGAUAUCACAGAAGAAAAUAUUCUUUUGGGGGUCCUAAUUGAGUUAAUAAAGUUACUAUUCUGAAUUGAAAUCUUUCAUCAGACUGGGUGAAAAAAGUGACAUUUAAUAACUGUUGAUCUUUCAUUUUAAAAGCAAGAGAGAUGUAUUAAUUAUCUAAUGACUGUUAUAAUUUGUUCACAGUAGCUGUUUAUAACUUCUCUAAUAAUCAAUAAAAUAGAUUUUUGAUACCUAUGAAAGAAAAAUACAGUUACAUUUUUAAAUUCCACUCGGCCUUUUCCCAGAGAAAUUUGGAAGAAAGGUAUUUUCAGUGCAAGAUGAUGCAAAUAUCACUAAAUCUAAAGGAUGAGUAAUUCUGAACUCAAAAAGUAACAUUGUCUGUUAGAGUUUUUGAGAGGACUGCUGGUUUGGGAGUUUGAGACCUGACAAUUACAGCACUUUAUGAUUUUGGACAAGCCACUUACUCUGUAUAAGCUCAGACGUUGUUUUCCUCAGAGUUGAUGUAAGAAUUACAUGAUAGUGUUAUGCGUGUUUAAAACUAUGAAAUGCUACACAAGUUGUUUUUAACUCUUUUAGUCUUUGUUGAGUUACAUAUCUAUGACUUGCAGCAAAGUUGUAUACUCAGUAGAGUUUGUAUGUAUCAAAUAAUGGUAAGUGGCAUGCAUGCCUGAAUAAUCCAAUUUUCUGUGUCUCAUUAGAUAAUUUAUCUUAGUUUAUUUCCUAUUGAGUUUGUACGUGCACUUUUUUUCAUCCUAACUCAAACAACUGAAAAGAACUGCAGAAUCUUAGAGCUGGAAAUCACAGAAGUCCCUGAGAUGUUCUCAUGACCAAACUUCUGCCUGAUGCAGAGAUCCUGGGCAACCUCUUCUUGGCAAAGCCGAAGGCAGAUGUUUAACUGCCUGAUGUUUAGCUGCUUAGUGUCCCACCAAAUAGCAUAUUCCAUCUCUGCAUCUCCCUGGUUGGUAGCUUUUGCUGAGCUAAAGUCUACUUCCCUAGAACUUUAAUCUCCUGGGCUUUGAUACCCAGUUUAGGACAGAGGGUAAUCAGGGCUUUCAUAUAGCUUGCCUCGAUCAUGGGUUAGACAGAUAAAUUCAUUUGUUCAACAAAUAUUAUUUGAGCUUAUUUUAUAUGCCAAGAACUGUGCUGGGUACUAAGUAAAUGAUAGUGAACAAAACAGAAAUGACCCUUGCCUUCUUGGAAUUUACAGUCUGUUAGAGAAGGUGCACAAUCAGUAAGCAAACAAACGUAUUAUUUCAAAAUAUGACAUAAGCUGUAAAAUUUAAAAAGAGCAGGGCAAGCAUAGAUAAGCUUGCUAGAAAAGGCAUCUCUGAAAAGGUGAUCUUUAACCUUAGGUCUGGGAGAUAAAUGCAGAAACCACUCUAAAACAUUCUCAGCAUCAGUCAGUAUUGAUUUGACAUUCAGGUCUUGAUACUGUAUUAAUUUUGUGGAGUGAGAAUUACAAACACUUCACAAGCCCGCAACCUGGAGACACUAAUAUUUUCCAGAGCUAUCAGGAAUCAUGUCUCCAGCGAUUCUUGAGGAACCAGAUUGAAUUCUAAUGUUAACAUGAUGGUGGGACCUCCUAAAUAACAGUGAGAUAAAGAACAGUGAGUCAGAGAAACCCCAGGUUCCCAUCGAAUGCCACCACUGAUGUAGCUGUGGAGCACUAAUCAAGCAAGAUCAUCUUUGUGCC